UUCCGCCUGGGCUUUUAUUUGAAUGGUCUGAACCGGAAGUGGGCGUGUUGUUCGCAGUUUGACACAAUCGAUCGGCGGCAGCGCGAGCGGCUCAGCUGUUUGAACGUUGGCGAGUUUCCGGUCAGAACGUGGCGAGCUGCAAAGACUCUUCGUCUUCUUUGACUCACUUGGUCCUCGACGUUCAAGUUCUCCUGGACCAUGUCUCUGCUGGCCCUGCUGGUCUUGGCUCUCUAUCCGAACCUGCACCAGUGCCGGGCUCUCGGCGACCCGCUGCCCGGCCUGCCGACCAACGGGACCGACGUGGCGGCGGGCUGCGGGCCGUGCCAGGCGGACAUGUGCCCGGAGACCCGCGGCUGCCGAGCCGGGCUGGUGCCGGACCCGUGCGGCUGCUGCGACGAGUGCGGCAACCUGGAGGGUCAGGCCUGCGACCCCGGGGACCGGAACGUGUACUUCGGCCUGUGCGGGACCGGACUUCGGUGCCAAUUGGAUCCUCAUCCCGCGGGAGAGGAGGAGGAGGAGGAAGAGCAGGUGUGCGUGUGCGAGGAGCGCGAACCUGUAUGCGGAAGUGACGGAGUGACGUAUGCAAAUAAGUGUCACUUCCGGGAGGUCGCCUUCUCCACGCCGCAACUGCACACCAAAGGGGCGGGGCCCUGUGAGACAGUUCCUGUCAUCAAGGUGGGUCCUCAGAGUCAAGUUAACGGAACAGGAAGUUGUCUACACUUCCUGUGCGAGGUCUUCGCCUUCCCAAUGGCGUCCAUCGAGUGGCGUAAGGACGGGCGGGAUGACGUGGUCCUGCCGGGGGACGACCCCCACAUCUCUGUCCAGUCCAGGGGCGGUCCUCUGAGGUUCGAGCUCUCCAGUUGGCUGCAGAUUGAAGGGGCGGGGCCACAAGACUCGGGAACCUACCGCUGCAUCGCCCGCAACAGCCUGGGCUCCGCCUCCGCGUCCGCCGUGCUGGGUGUGCUGCGUGCAGAGGAGCUGGCGUCCUACCUGGCCAAUCACGUGUCGGUCCUCCAACAGCUGAUCCACGCCGCCGACUACGACUUCUACUGAGGUCACUUCCUGCCAAGAUUGAACUUUGACCCGCGCAGCCAAAGGUCACGUCUUUGAAAAGUCAAUAAAGAGACCAGGAAACACCUGAUUGGUCGUCUUUCAGGAGGCGGGGCUUGUGUUGUCUAGUUG